UAUUGCGUUUCCACCAAGCUUGAUGCCGCCGGCGGCUUCUCCAAGCCGUCGUGAGGGGUUAGUGAUGCCGGAGAAUGGAGAGGCGUCUCCGGUGAUUGCAGAGAGUCAUGUUUCAGAGUUUCCAGUGUUGAAAAGGGCGGAGGAAGGAGUGGUUUCGAAGCAGGGUUUAAGGGAAAGUGGAUCAGAAAAGUUGCAGGAAGUGUCUUCCUCAAAUCAGAAUAGCAAGAGGUCGUUUCUCCAAGUUGUGCAGAAGCGUUCUUUUACUCAGCAAAAGGUUGUGGUUUCAGAGGUUGAUGGAUGUAAGCGAGUAGUCGUACCAAAGGAGGUGUUUGUUGGUGCAAAACCUAUUUGGGAAGACUUUCUGAUCGGGAAGUUUUUGAAUGAAAAGGCACCACACGUCGGGAAGAUUCACAUGAUAGUGAACAAGAUCUGGCGACUUGGUGACCGAACCUCUUUAAUUGAUGUCUAUGCGGUGAAUGAUUCAACAGUCAAGUUCCGUAUUCGUAAUGAAGGAAUGCGGCACAGAAUUCUUAACAGAGGCAUGUGGAAUAUUAUGGAUAUCCCUAUGAUUGUUUCGAAAUGGACGCCGUUCGCGGAAGAGACUCAACCAGCUAUGAAAUCUAUUCCUCUUUGGGUUACCUUAGAGAAUGUUCCACCAACCUUGUUUACAGAUAAAGGAUUGGAGUUCUUGGCUAGUGCAGUGGGGAAGCCCAUUAGGCUACAUCCUAAAACAGAGGCUUGCACAAGUUUUGAUGAGGCUCAAUUUUUGGUGAAAGCAGAUUUGACUAAAGAACUCCCAUCAGAAUACAUCUUCACGGGUGAGGAGGAAGGUGAAUUGGAGUCAACCAUAAAGUAUUCAUACCCAUGGCUGCCUCCACGCUGUUCCUGUUGCAAGAAAUGGGGGCAUCUACGUGCUACUUGUUUGUCUGUCCAAGUGGUAGAAGAGAAGGAUACACAAAGUUCAGACUCUCCUCCCAAGAUUGCCGAGGAAACUGGUACAAAAAGCACGCAGUCGCCGAAUGUUGCAGUCCCCGUUUCAGAGAAUCAGACACAUGCGGAGACGUCGGAGAAUGUUGAAAAAGUGACGAUAGAGGACGAGGUGGAAGGUUGGAUUACUCCUAAAUCAGGACGAAGUAGUCCGGGUAAAGGGCAGAAAACUCUACAAUAUGGUGAAGUCUCUAUAUUAUCAAAUGCAUACUCUGUUUUAGAGGAAAAAGAAGAUGAAACAGAGGAGAAGCAAACAGGGGAUCCGCAAGGUGAAAGCACUGCUAAUGCUCCUGAUCAAGUUGAGACUCAAUUACCUGUUACUACUCAAGAGGCAGUCGCUAAGGGUCGAAACCAGAAGGAGACGACGCUGCGACCAUCUCUACCAAGACAUUCAAAAACGGCACACAAAGCUCUAUCUCACCUUCAAGCUCCAUCAACUAGAGACCCCUCUAGAGAUUUGAGUAAGAAGAAUCCCCCAAAAUUGAAUUAAUGUCUGGGUUCUUUUGGAAUGUGCGCGGUUUAAAUAAAUCUUCUAAACAUUC